AGCCGCGUCUGAUCUCGGACGUUCAUGUCACGUGUUUGUUUUUCUCAGAAUCACGUGACGUUAAGGAGCUCACACGUGGUUGACGUGACGUCAUCGUGCUGAACGUUUCCGGAUCAUUCAGGUUUUAAAUGUUUGAUUUUUAGCAUGUGACUCUAAUGAGUCAGAGAGGUGAAGUAACGAGGUGAAGUAACGAGGUGAAGUAACGAGCUGAAGUAACGAGCUGAAGUAACGAGGUGAAGUAACGAGGUGAAGUAACGAGCUGAAGUAACGAGGACUGUGUGUUUGAGCUGCAGCAUGCAGGCUGCUGCCAGACUGUCUGUCUGCAGGAGGAUCUGUCUGUCUGCCAUGAGCUCAGGAUACCAGCAGGCUAACGUCGUCAUCCUGCCCAAUCAUCUGGCCAAUGACUUUGAAGCAUUCUGCCGCCUAAACCCCGCCCCCCUGCCGCUGCUUUAUCGCAGCCAAUCAGGAGAGACUUCCUGUCUGCCUCUGGCCAAACAUGCUGAUAUAAGGACAGAUAUUUCUCAGUACUGUGUGUAUGAGGAUGGUCGUCUGGUGGAAACAGUUUGCAGUCUGCAGAGUUUCAGCAGGUCCAGGGUUGGAUCAGAGCUGCAGGGUCGGGGCUCGUGGUCCGACAUGGUGUGUUUCUAUCUGGGCUGCAGUUUUGGCUUCGAGGGCCGGCUGAAGGAAGCUGGAGUCCCCGUCAGGAACGUGGAGCAGGGCACCAACGUCAGCAUGUACAGGACGUCAGUCCCCUGUGCUCCUGCAGGAGCGUUCAGCUGCCCUCUGGUGGUCACCAUGCGUCCUGUUCCGGCUGACAUGUUGGAUGCAGCAGUGGAGGUGACUCACCUGAACCCGCUCGCACACGGAGCUCCAGUUCACAUCGGAGACCCAGCUCUCCUGGGCAUACACCACCUGUCCAGACCAGACUACGGUGAUGGAGCAGCGCUGCGGCCCGGUGACGUGUCCGUGUUCUGGGCCUGCGGAGUGACCGGCAUCGAGGCCAUCCUCAGCAGCAAACCGUCUUUGGCGUUCAGUCACUCGCCAGGCUGCAUGUUCCUGACUGACAUCCCAGACUGCUCCCCUCCACCAGCUCCACCUCCACCCCCUGACGGAGCACGCCGCCCCAGCACGGGUCCGGACGGAGAACUGACCCCCCUCUGCUUUCUGAUAUCCCACAAUCCUCUGUGGUACAGUUUGGCAUCUAAGAGCGCCGUGACGAGGAUCCGACAGCUGGAGGCGAUCAUUGGAGAAGAUCCAGGUCAGCGUGGGAUCUCAGCUUUGUUUGUUCAGGAUGAACUUCUUCGCUCCUGUCUGGCUCUCUCUCAUGCAUCCUCUGUUGCCAUAACAACGGGCUUCCCCACACAUUACGACCACAGCCCACCUGACGAGACUGAUGGCCCACCUGGAGCCAUCGCCAUGGCAACCAUGCUGCUGUCGCUAGGGAAGCAGGUGACAAUGGUGACGGACAGGAGAGCCGUGGACAUGAACCGCUCCAUCCUGGAUGAAGCUGUGAGGAAAGGUGUGCUGAAAGCUGCCAUCCCAUUGGUCACCUUUGAAGACAGCGGCCCAGACUCUGCACUGCGUUUCCUGUGUCACCAUGGAGACCCCAGCAAGCCCAGGUACGACCACCUCGUGGCGAUAGAGCGCAGCGGCCGUGCUGCAGAUGGAAAUUACUACAACAUGAGAGGAGUGAACAUCAAACAUCUGGUGGACCCCGUCGAUGACUUGUUCACCGCUGCACAGGAAAUACCUGGAAUCACUACGACAGGAAUCGGUGAUGGAGGUAACGAGUUGGGGAUGGGUAAACUGAAGGAGAAGGUGGAGGCGCUGAUGGCCAACGGGAGUCUCAUCGCGUGUGACGUCUCCGCUGACUACGCCGUCACUGCUGGAGUGUCUAACUGGGGCGGGUACGCUGUGGCCUGUGGGCUCCACCUGCUCCACACCUGCUCCUCCCACCAGAGAUACCUGAAGAAAGGACUGGGACACACAACCCUCCAGGAACAGAUCCAGGACUGGACUGCUAACCUGCCGUCUGUGGACAAGGAGGAGGCCGUCCUCUCCACUCUGGUGAGUUUCGGGAUAAGAAGCGGGAAAACUGGUCACCUGGCCAUGGAGGUGGACGGUUUGACCUUUCACCCCACGCACUCUGACAUCAUCACCAGACUGCUGGAGGUCACGCUGGGCUCCACCAAUCACAGACCUGGAUGAAGUCAUGUGGUUCACUGUCAGCCUUUAAAGGAGCUGUUUCCUGUGAGAUUAAAGACAGUGACUGAA